GGAGGAGGGGGGAGAGGGGGUGAGAGAGGAGGUGACUCUCCGGCAGCAUUUAGACACAACGAAAGGAUCAUGGCGGAUGGCCCCAGGUGUAAGCGCAGAAAGCAGGCGAACCCGAGGAGGAACAACGUGACUAACUACAAUAAUGUGGUGGAGGCCGGCUCAGACUCAGACGAUGAGGACAAGCUGCACAUCGUGGAGGAGGAAGGCAGCCUGGCGGAUGGGGCCGACUGCGACAGCACCCUGCCAGACGAGGAGCACCCCAGGGAGCGCUGCUGGGACGGAGUGAAGGAGGAUUGUGUGUCAGACGCUGAGGAUGAUGUGAGCACAGACGCCCUGGUGGAGGAGAUGCUCCAGCAAGGAGACACGGCUGUCAUCUACCCAGAGGCCCCGGAGGACGAGCCUCAACGCCAGGGCACACCUGACGCUGGCGUCCAUGACGAGAAUGGAACUCCUGAUUCCUUCUCUCAGCUGCUCACCUGCCCGUACUGCGCGCGUGGCUACAAGCGUUACAGCUCCCUGAAGGAGCACAUCAAGUACCGGCACGAGAAGACUGAAGAGAGCUUCAACUGCCCCGAGUGCAGCUACAGCUUCGCAUACCGUGCCCAGCUGGAGAGGCAUAUGACAGUCCACAAAGGCGGACGGGAUCAGAGACACAUCGCACAAUCCGGAGGCAAUCGUAAAUUCAAGUGCACUGAAUGUGGCAAAGCAUUUAAAUACAAGCACCAUCUGAAGGAGCACCUACGCAUCCACAGCGGAGAGAAACCCUAUGAGUGCUCCAACUGCAAGAAGCGCUUCUCCCACUCAGGCUCAUACAGCUCCCACAUCAGCAGUAAGAAGUGCAUCAGCGUCAUCUCAGUAAACGGCCGACCGCGCUUGGGGAACGCCAAAACCCAGACCCAGGGUCCAUCACCUGUGCUGCCCACGCCUCCCUCAGUCCUCCACACCCAGAUUAGGGAGAAGCUGGAGCACAGCAAGCCCCUGCAGGAGCAGCUGCCGCUCAAUCAGAUCAAAACUGAGCCCGUGGACUACGAUUACAAGCCCACGGUGAUAACAUCCCCAGCUAUGGCCGCCAUGAACGGCGGGGUUUUCAACGGAGGCGCUGCAGCUCCUCUGCAGGGCACAGUGCAGGCCGUGGUCCUGCCCACUGUGGGGCUGGUGUCGCCCAUCAGCAUCAACCUGGCAGACCUGCAGAAUGCUCUCAAAGUGGCGGUGGACGGUAACGUUAUCCGCCAAGUGCUGGAAAGCAAUGCCAAAGGCCAGGGGCAGGUGAACUCGGGGUUAACCACUGGAAUGCUCCAUCCCGCACAGCAGCAACUCAUCUCAGCCAUCAGUCUGCCUAUUGUGGGUCAGGAUGGAAAUGCAAAAAUCAUUAUAAACUAUAGUUUGGACCCCAACCAGGGCCAGCUCACAGCUCAUAACCUGAAGAAAGAGCCUGAGCCGGCCUCACCAGGUCAGACCACCACUGACACCUUCAAGUCCCAGAAACUCCCAGAAGAUCUCACCAUCAGAGGCACCAGGCCCAAUGAGACUAAAGAAAAAGAGGAAAAGACCACUAAAACUUGUCUCCUGUGUGAUAACUGUCCCGGUGGGCUGGAAGCACUCCAUGCCCUCAAGCACUGCAAGAAGGAUGGUCUCAGGCUGAACGGAGCAGGCCUGGAUAAGUCUGAGUCUGCUGUUGCUGCCUUGCUGUCAGAGGGAGGACUCUGUAACCAGCCCAAGAACCUUUUGUCCCUGCUCAAGGCCUACUUUGCCUUAAAUGCAGAGCCCACCAAGGACGAGCUGGCCAAGAUCUCUGACUCAGUCAGCCUGCCGAUCCAUGUGGUUAAGAAGUGGUUUGACAAAAUGCAGGAGGGUCAGAUAUCACUGGGUGCCCCAACACCUCCCUCAGAGGAAGAGGACACCUGUGAAGCUAACAGUGUGGUGUCUCUGGUCCCUGGGAAGGACACGGCCAUCAUGAGCCCUUCUGUGACCCAGGACAGCCCUACAGAAGCCACCCCAGCUGAGGUCAACGGCACUCACAGCUCGCCGGCCUCUCCCUCACCACUAAACCUGACAGCUGGCGGUCCCGUCCCAGCCCAGCCUCCCCAGAGCACUGAGGGACCCCUAGACCUGUCGCUGCCAAAGCCCGCCAGAGAGGAAGCAGAGAGAGAGGUGACAAAAGCCUGCGUUUACCCCUCCCCUCCCUCUGGCUCUACCAAUGUGGAUGAACCCCUAAACUUAACUUGCACAAAGAAAGAGGCGUCGCCACUCUCAGCCAUGGGCGCCAGCCCCAUCGCACUGUACCCCAGCCAGCCAAGUGCCAAACCCCUCGACAUUGUGACCACAAUGCAAUGCCUAAGGGCACUAGCCACUAACAACAAACAGACUAUCCUGAUCCCCCAGCUGGCUUACACCUAUACCACUACAGCAAACAGCCCUGCAGGGACCGAGACACAGGAAACCAUCCACCUCAACGGAGUGAAGGAGGAGAAGCAGGACACGGGCUCAGAGGGUGUGUCCACCGUGGAGGAGCAGAACGACUCUGACUCGGGCCCGCCGAGGAAGAAGAUGAAGAAGACGGACAGCGGCAUGUACGCCUGCGACCUGUGCGACAAGAUCUUCCAGAAGAGCAGCUCGCUGCUGAGACACAAAUACGAACACACAGGGAAGCGGCCUCACGAGUGUGGCAUCUGCAGCAAGGCCUUCAAACACAAACACCACUUGAUCGAACACAUGCGUCUGCACUCGGGGGAGAAGCCGUACCAGUGCGAUAAGUGCGGCAAGCGCUUCUCGCACUCAGGCUCCUACUCCCAGCACAUGAACCAUCGCUAUUCCUACUGCAAGAAGGAGACGCAGAGCCAAGGCGGAGGCCGGGAGAGCCCCGAGGAGGACAGCGAGGCACAGGCCGAGAUGGAGGCCCUGAGCCGAGUGCAGCAGCUUCUGGCCAACUCCCAGCUGGACUUGGACGAGCGAGGGAGCAGCACCAGAGAGGACGAGGAGAGCGAAGAAGAGGAGGAGGAGGACGGUGUGGUGGACAUGGAUGACAUCCAGGUGGUGCAGAUAGGGGACGAAGGAGGGGAUGAGGAGGAGGAGCAGGAGGAGGAAGAGAGGAAUGACAAGGAGAUAGAGAGAGUAUUGGUGGAGGUAGGAGGAGAGGAGGAGAAGACAGAGAUGGAGGUAGACGCGGAGGCUGACACAAGGCAGGAGGAGGUGCUCGGGAGCAUUCAGGAAGAGGAGGAAGUCAAGAUGGGGGAAGAAGAAGCAAUGGAUGCAGACGAAGGGGUGACGGAAGAUGGGAAAGUAGACGGGGAGGUCACAGAGGAGAGCGGAGGCGAAACAGACAGGAACACGGUUUCUGGGGAGCAGAACCAGACGCCGCAGGAGGAAGGAGAUACUGACUGAGAGAGGAAUCAGACUCCUCCAUGAGACACAAUCAGAUUCCUCCUCUCCCCGCGCAGAGGAAGAACGCAGGAGAUGAUGUCUGGUCACUCUGACAGUUUGUUUCAGUUCACUACUGUGUAGAAAUCCAGGUGUGCCUGAAAAAAUACUAGUGACUUUUCCGCAGGAGAACGAUUUCUCACUGUUAGAAAAAUCAAUUUGUAAAGAAAAAGAUGAAGACGAACACAAAUUUUAACAAACGAAGGAAAUGCAUUAUACAGACUUUGGAAGCUAGAGCCGACACGUUUUAGAUAAUGUUUUAUUACUAAAACACCUUGGGUCAUUUCUUUUUAUCAGUGUUACUAAUUUUAUCACUCAUAUUUUAACCUUUAAAAAGCUGUACAGUUGGGAGAUAUUUCUAUACCUUUUUAUUGCCAAUGAACAAAAAAAGUCAGUAUUUUAUUAAGUUGGAAGGAAAAUAAGAAAAAUCCUGUGCACUACAAGUGGCUUGGUUUACCUUUGGAUUGAGCAGUUGAGUUGUGUUGUCUACCCUUCAGUAUUACCGCACUAGAUAUACCACGCCAUCACGCUAGCAGAUGUUAGCAUUACGUUUCUUUUCGAUUGGAUUAUGAGCCUUAAGAAGAAAAACAAAGGAGAGUGGACGGGUCUUUUCAGUCAGUUACUUCCUUUUAGACUUUUGAACUUAUUGUUGUCAAGUUUCUUUUACUAAUCAGUGUUUCAGAGUAACAGUUUGACAUUUUAGAAAAUAUGCUUGGUUCUUUUCUUGGUGAGAGUAUUGACGCUACAAAUCUGUCCACUAAAUAUACAGCUAAGCUAAACUAGGUUAUCUUAGAUUAUCUUAUGUUAGCAUGAGGAACAAAACAGGGGUAAACCAAGGAGGAAUUAUUAGAUUUUUAAACCACCUUUAUCGUCUCGAGGGAAGUUUAACAAAAUAAAUCCUCCAUUUAUCAAAAAUUCAUGAUAGACAAAGUUUGCAGUUCAAGGUUCCCGUCAACAGUUUUACAGACGUCUCUUUUAUAUUGGUGGUCUAUGGAGAAAAAAGCUUUUUGCAUUGGAUUUGUUGGCUGCAGUACCGCAAGUGGCCACUGGAAAAAAAUUUGAAGCAAGGCUGAGCAGCAUCCCUGGAGGGAAACAGCUAGCUAAAUCUAAAUCUAAAGCUGCUAAUGCUAGCAGUUAUUUCCUGCUUACCUACUGCUCCACACUCCAGUCCAGCAGGUGGCAGUAAUGUAUGCCGGACUAUUUGUGACUUCCACACAGAGCCAGGCUAGCUGUUUUCCUCUGUGUCUAAUAUUUAUGCUACACUAGGCUAAUCAUCUCCAGCCUGAAGCUUUAUAUUUACCGGACAGAUACAGCAGUGAUAGCCGAUCGCUGGUGUCACAAAAAUAUGUUAAAUGAUCACGACCUCUGAAUGCAGGAAUUUUGUGGUGGUGGCAUGAAAUACGUGUCGGCACUUAGGUUUCCUUUGUCAUGGUGGACGCUCAAAGUCCCUGGUUCAACGACAACACGCAAUGGGAAGGAGCUAAUGUUAAGACCCCAUAGGUAGCAUAUCAGGGAGAAAGUCCACGUGGUGGUGGAAGUGUCAAACAAACACUGGACUUUCAUCCAGGAGACCAGCGUUGGAGUUUCAUGUGAAACUAAAAGUAAAUUUCAACUUCAUUUAACUUACUAACAUCCUUUAGGUUGUUAUGUCACAUUAUGAUACAUGACUACACAUUUUACAUUGUCCUUACGUCCCGUAUAUAACAAACAGAGUUAUUUAAAACAAAAACAUGGAUCGUUUUGGGAUGGCUAAACACAACCGUGCCAUGACGUUAUUUAAUACAUUAUCUACCACCACCCGUAAUGCAGUGUUCAGAGGUUGUGGUGAUUUCACGCAUUUCUGUGAGAUCAUGUUGACUAGAAAGCAAGUAAGUGUAUUUUCCAAAAUGUCAAACUAUUGCAAAAGUUCAGAGCGAGCAGAAAGGGCAUGUAGAAAACUGGCCCUCCCUAUGCCUGCCCCCCCCAGCAUCGAGCCAUAUGCAAAAAAAAAUCAAGCUAAAAAAAGAGGAACAUGCAUAUCAAAAGUGCCAUUGAAUAUUGCUGUUGAAGCUUAGCAGCUACGAUCAGGUAUUGCCGGGUCCCAGAUCAACCAACGCGCCGGAAUACUGUUGACUUUGGCUCGCCACCACACCUGAGAGAGUAGAGCUCAGUCUACCACGUAUUCAUGUAGGCUUAGAUUUUAGAGAAGUUGCUUUUAGUUCUUAUCUGAGCAGUUAAAAGAGUCACAAUGCACAUGUGCUCAAACAGAUGAUAACGAAGUAUGAUUUCUAACUGUUACCUGUGUCCUGCCUUCUCAAAGCUUAUUCAGUGCACUUGUUUAACACACCAUGUAACGCUCAGAUGUCUCUUCAGGUAACAAAAUGUAGGCAAAUAUGAAUCCCAGGAGUUAAAUUCAACCAUGUUUUUACCUGUCAGUAUUAUUUUUUUGUCUCUUAUGUUGUUUUAUGUUCUGUUUCAGUGUGUGUACUGUAUGUUUUCAGCAAUGGCAGUAUUAUCCCCACCGCCAAGGAGAUGGGUAUGUCUGUUUAGUCAUAGAGAACUUUUAUAUUUAUGUGUCUUAUUUUUUAUAUUUCUUUAUGGUUAUUUAUUACACUAUGUAGUGUACAAUACUGUAGUUUGUAUUAAUACGAUAAUAUAUUUUAGUAUGGAAAAAAAAAGAUUCAAAGGCAAAUAACUACAAGCCUGGAAAAUGAGACUCCAGCAUACUGAAGUAUGUUUUUCGAACAAAUAAAAAUGAUGUUUUCCCCUCAGGGGGAAAAAAAAAACUCGCACCCUGCAAGCCUGAAAAUUGGAACCUGUGACCUCUGUGCAUCCAUUCUCAUGUUAGUUUUCUUUCCCCUCUCUAAUAUGAAGCUACUGAACUUUUGAAAACUAAUCGUAUGUCUAAUAGCAUGAGUGUGUGCUGUUUUAUUGAAGGAUUAUCCUUAACCACACAAACUGUCCUUUUUGCCAAGCCAAAAUAAUAUUGACGUUUGUUCUUAUGUUUUUAUUUGUGCCAAUUUGUUACUUUAUAUGUCAGUGUCAAGACCUCGCCCACUUUUAUAUGCCCCUCCCCCUUUAACACCCUCAUCUUUUUUUUAUAGUGAUUGUUUUUUGUUUGUUACCUUUUUUUUUUGUUCAUUUUUUUAUGACUCCCCAUCUCACAAUAAAAUACAUCAAUUACAA